AUGGCGUCCUUUAGCAAAGCCGCGCGGAAUGUGCUGCAGAAAAGCCCGAACGAUGUAGUUUUACUUUCUGCGGUCAGGUCGCCAAUCAAUCGUAGUUUCAAGGGCGGUUACAAAGAUGCUCAUCCAGAAGACAUCCUAAUGCCGAUUAUGAAAGCCGCAGUGCAACGAGCUGGCAUCGAAAAAGUCGACGUGAACGAUGUUAUGAUUGGGAAUGUACUCGCCGAACUGGGCUUCGCGAAGACAGGACGCAUGGCGCUGAAUCAUGCCGGCUUUCCAAACUCCACGACCUUCCAUACAGUCAAUCGGCAAUGCUCGAGCAGUCUACAAGCCAUCACCCACAUCUCACACUCGAUCAUGGUGGGUCAGAUUGACGUGGGGCUGGCUGGCGGUGUAGAGAGCAUGUCGAGAAACUACAGCUCGCGGGGCAUCCCAGCCGAUGUCUCACCCACGCUGCUUGGGUCGACCGUCAAAGAUGCGCGCGACUGUCUUAUGCCUAUGGGAAUCACGUCUGAGAACGUAGCGGAAAGAUACAAGGUUGACAGGAAGUCGCAAGAUGAAUAUGCGGUGCGAAGUCAUGGGCGCGCAAGUCGCGCCCAAAAGGAAGGUCGCUUUGAUUGGGAGAUCGAGCCCGUAACGGUUCAGAGGAUGGACGAGGCAACAGGCCAGCCUGCAGGGCACGAAGUCACCAAGGACGACGGCAUUCGGCAUGGGUUGACCUUUGAGAAAGUGUCGACGCUCAAGCCUGUGUUCGGCGAGAACGGCAAGAGUACCGCAGGCAACUCAUCCCAAAUAUCGGAUGGCGCAUCCUCUACCAUACUCGCCCGACGUUCGUGGGCUGAAGAACGUGGAUUGAAGCCACUUGGCCGCUUCGUUGGCACCACGGUCAAGGGUUGCGCCCCCGACGAGAUGGGCAUUAGCCCAAUAUACGCCAUACCAGCACUUCUAAAGUGGACAGGUGUUGAGCUGAAGGACGUUGAUAUCAUUGAGCUCAACGAGGCGUUUGCAAGCCAGACCAUUGCGUGCAUUCGGGAGCUGGGUCUCGAUGAAGACAAGGUCAAUCCGAACGGAGGUGCGAUAGCUCUUGGGCAUCCCACCGGCGCGACCGGGGCACGGCAGACUGCCACAUUGUUCGGCGAGCUGCUGCGUCAGGACAAAGAGAUGGGUAUCGUCAGCAUGUGCGCGAGUACCGGCUUAGGCGUUGCUUCGUUGUUCGUUCGAGAGUCGUAG